AUGGUAUCUCCUCAUUCGUCUCGCCAUCCGAGCAUGACGAGCUUGUCCCAAGAACUUGACGGGAUUUACAAAAACUACGCAAGAAAAAGUGGAGACUCGAGCCUGACACACUCACUCGACUCUAGCACAAACGAACCGGCAAUGGUACUACAUCGUGAUGUCCCGCAAUUGGGCUCUGGAACCCUGCAGUCAAGUUCGUCGUUCGAUUUUCUUGUUCCUGAUAGAAGACAUCAAGCCACAAAUUCAUCUUUGAAUGUGCUUCUUGACACGCCCGGUGAAACAAGGCACCACUUUAUUUCACAGGCCUCGCUUGCAGAUAGCUCCAGAAGCUUAGACCCACUAACCGAAAUAGUUAAUGGUGGCAAUGCCACAGACGACAGCCUUGGAAGCUAUGGAAAUUAUGACGAAAAGCUUAACGAUCGCGAGUGGGCAAAAAAGGGUGCUGCAAUUGCACAGACCUCUUCUCUGAAGGGAAAUACCGUCAUUCGCAGAACCGUUGAAGACUUCGAGUUUGGUAAAGACUUAGGUGAAGGGUCUUACUCAACAGUGGUUUUGGCCAAAGAUAAGAUAACAGGCGUGCAAUAUGCGGUCAAAAUCCUUGACAAGCGACACAUCAUCAAAGAAAAAAAGGUCAAGUAUGUCAAUAUCGAGAAACACGCCUUGAACAGACUAAGCCAGACACAGGGUGUCAUUUCCUUGUUUUUCACAUUUCAGGACAAAAACUCUCUUUACUAUGUGCUUGACUACGCCGCCAAUGGCGAAUUGUUGGGCCUCAUUAAGAAGUACGGCACUUUGAAUGAGGAUUGCACUAAAUAUCUCGGUGCACAAAUCCUCGAUGCAAUUCACCAUAUGCACAUUAAUGGUGUGAUUCAUAGAGAUAUCAAGCCCGAAAACAUCUUAUUAGAUGACAAAUUUCGUAUUCGGAUUACGGAUUUUGGCACGGCGAAGUUGCUCGAGCGGAAGAAAAACGGCGAGACGGGCGUCGAGGAAGACUAUCCUUUUGAUGUUCGAGCAAAGUCAUUUGUCGGAACUGCGGAGUACGUUUCUCCAGAGCUUUUAGAAAGCAAGUAUUGCGGUAAACCGGGUGACUUAUGGGCUUUCGGCUGUAUUUUAUAUCAAAUGAUUGCCGGAAAACCGCCUUUCAAAGCCACUAAUGAGUAUCUUACUUUCCAAAAGAUUACGAAAUUGCAAUACGCGUUCAGCGCAGGGUUUCCAUUGAUUCUCAGAGAUUUGAUUAAACAGAUUCUUGUGUUACAGCCUUCCAGAAGAGCCACUAUUGAGCAGAUUCAGGAACAUUAUUUCUUUCAUGAGUACGAUUUUAAUGAUCUGCAUCUGAUUUGGAAUACAGACAUCCCGGAACUAAGCUCGUACAAGAUGAACGCCAAAUCUAUGAUGAAGAUUCCAACGUCUUACGCACCCAAAAAGACGGUGAUAAAAAAGUUCUUAAAGAAACCCCUGAAUGGUUCGCUGACACGGAUUGAAAAAGAAGAGAGUGGGACGAAAUCAGUGUCACCUGCAAGUGCGGCUGCUUACGUCUUGAGUAAGGACUCGGAAUCUGAACCUCCAAAAUCAAAAACAAGAACACCUAAGGCUAUACCACAAAGAAAGACAACUGCGUCUUCAAAUGCAACUCCCGAUUACAUUCCCGGGACUAACAUCCUAAGGCCCCAAAUCAACAAAAUGGCCAGUUAUUCUGUGAGUAAUUCGACUUCUUCCUCAAAAACUGAUCAGGAACUGUUAAGAAGGAACUCAUCUAGGGUUAUAGAGGUGACGCCACUGACAGCAGUGGAAGCUGCGUGGCAACAAUAUUUGAGUCCAUCGGAAAGGGUCAUAAAUGUGGGUCUGGCAAUUGUUCGUAGACUACCUACGGAAGUGUUCGAGAAGAAGAACAAGGGCUAUAUCCACGACACGCCGCUUGGUUUUACCAACCUUUUGCAAUCAUCAGCGAAUCGAAGUAACUCACGUUCCAUGUUGUCUCAUGUGGUUCAGGGUAAUCGAUUGAGAGACACACAGGAAGAGUUUAUGGACAGCAAACCGCAAAAUGAAGAUGAUGCGAUAACUUAUCAUUUUGAUGACAUCACUAUCGAUACAGUGAGCUCACACGAGGAAGAAGAAGGCAAGCCUGUACCAGUGGCAUCUGGAACAGUAAAACUUCGUAAGCUGUUUUUCAAAAAAUUGCUCUCAGCCAGCGAUAAGAAACAAGAGUCACCAAACACACCAUCAACUUCUGGAAGCUCGGAUUUUGCUAUUAAACAGCAUGUUGACCCCAUGGACAAAGUUAGAACGUACACUGUCUUAGUCAGUACGUUUGGUAGGGUUCUAUUCUUUUCGAGAGACGAUCACAAGACGGACUACAAAUUGGUCUGUGAAAUGGGUCUCAACUUCCCAUUCAUUCAGUUCAAGGAGGUUGUGUCAAGCUCUACUGGGAAAUUCAGUAAAGUUAUUUCCUCUACAGGUAUAUUUGCAAUUGUUUCGGCGAAAACUACAUUUGUGUUUGAAACGGAAAAGUACGAGGUUAGUCAGUGGACGGAGGCGCUAGCGAAAAGCAAAUUGAACCAAUUUCACAGGGAAAAAGAGGCCGAGAGGAAACCAAGCUUAAGCGAAACACCCAAAUCUUCCCCGAGGUUACUUGACUCUCCAUCGUUUCCCAGCCCAACACAGAAGCAGAUCAAGAAACAAGAGUCACCAAUUGGGACCAAAGGGCAACUGCAAAAAAUCCAACAGAGUCAAAGUCGGUCUCCCGCCUCGGAGACCAGAGAUAAUCAUAUGUUUAAAAGCAACGUCAAGAGCAAAGAAAAAGUGAAACGGAAAGCCCCGCCUUCUGUUCCAUCUAGCCCUGUUUUCAGCACCGGUGGUUUACCCAGCUCAGCUUUGGAGCAUGGAGAAAGUGACAUGGUCCAUGCUGCUCAGAUUGCUGUAUUGAACAAUCUGGUGAGCCCAAAACCUGAUGGCCGAGGCUCAAGCUUCUCACGGGAUAAAAUGGGACAAGGCUUCGGUCAUCCCACCACACUCUCGCCAGGCAGUGGAGGAGCAAAAAUAACUUCAUUGAACUCAAAAUUCUUGGCUAGGUCCCGGGGCAAGAGAUAA